AUGGGUAUCCUUACAACUCAAGAUAAGGAGAAGAUCAAAAGAACGAUUCCCAAAGCAAGCAACAAAAUCAUUGAUGCUACGGUAGCACGUUUGUACAUUGCUUACCCUGACCCGACAAAAUGGGUUUACACAGGAUUGAUGGGCGCCAUUGCCCUUGUUGAUGAUUUAGUGGGCCACACUUUUUUUCUCAAGCUUGUUGAUAUAACAGGACACCGAGGAGUCUUGUGGGAUCAAGAACUUUAUGUUGAUUUUGAGUACAAUCAAGAUCGUAAAUACUUUCAUACUUUUGAAAUUGAAGAUUGUCUUGUGGGCUUACUAUUUGAAGAUACCAAUGACGCCUCCCAUUUUUUCAAACGAGUUACACAUCGUCAGAAACAUGGGUCAAGUGCAACCGUUAAAAAUAAGAAUGCAAUUGCUUUGAAGGAAAGAGCUGAACCUAAGGGCCACACAGCACCUGGGCCGAGGGGUGAAUUCAUGGAUGUCAACACCGCACAACGACAAAGAAGGACAAAAGGGGUAUUGUAUUAUGAUGACGUCCCUCCGCCCGAAUGGAGGUCACUCUAUGCUGAAUUGGAGUCUGCUGGUAUCACUGAAGACAUGAUUGUUGAUAAUAGACAAUUCAUCAAAGAUUAUAUUGCACAACAAGGAGGACCUCUUGUUGGAUUAGAACCUCCAAUACCACGAAAAUAUCAAAGAGCACACGAAAAGGCUGUUGGUGUGGAAAACGCAGAAGAAACCGCUUCAAUACCAGAAUCGAGACCUAGUAUGAAACACAAGAAGGCGCCACCACCGCCGCCACUGGCACCGCAAACGUCAUCGCCUUCGUUACCGACAUCUUCAAAUCAAUCUAUCAGUUCACCAACACCGGAAGUAGAAUCGUCUCCAACACCUACACCGGCAACGGAGCCUGCAUCUGAAGCUCCAGCUGAACCUGCUAAACGUGUGUUUAGAGUUCCACCACCAUUGGCAGUAGCCCCGCCCGUUAGAUCGACUUCCACAUCGUCAAGUGAUAGGCCUCUUCCAGUGCCACCAUCUCAGCAACAACAAAAUCCACCACAACAACAGCAGUAUCAACCUUCCCCCUCACCGCAAAAUCAAACACCACCAAACACGCAGAGAAAAUUUGCUGUUCCACCACCUUUAUCAACCACAGCUCAUCAAGUUCCUCCACCACCACAGUUGAAUCAGGCACAACAAGCACUGCAAAAUGCACCAUCUCCGCCAGCAAGAGGUGGAGUCCCACCACCAGCGCCUCCAAGUAGGGGCAAUGCACCACCACCUCCACCUAGAGCCAACCAUUCAAUCAACACCAAUGUUAACGUCCCAGCUCCACCUCCGAGAGCAUCUCCUAUUACACCCACACGCACGGGGACCAAUGGCUCGCAACCUCCUCCAGCGCCACCUCCGAGGGCAUCGAGAGGUGCGGCUCCUCCUCCGCCUCCUCCACGAAGUCUGGUCCCGCAUCCCAGCGGCCCUCCACAGGCUCCCCCACGAAAUGCGUUCUCACAACAACCUCCUUCUCAACAACAACCAAGCGCACCAGUACCACCCCCACUUCAACCAAGACCCAUGGCUGUUCCUCCAUCACAACAACAUCAAACGCAACCCUACGGUCAAUCAGCGGCCGCUGCUGCUCCUCCACCACCACCUCCUCCUCCUCCUCCAGCAAUGUCAGCAAUGUCAGCAAUGCCAAGUGGAUCUACACCGGCUCCGCCUGCACCUCCUCCACCAGACAUGUCGAGUGGAACAUUUACCGAAUCUACAGGGGACGCUGGAAGAGAUGCGCUUUUAUCGUCUAUCAGAGGCGCUGGUGUAGGCUCAUUGAAAAAGACUGACAAAUCACAGUUGGAAAAGCCAAGUGUAUUAUUACAAGAAGCGAAAGGAGAACCAGUGCAGAGUAACGAUACUUCUAGUGGUGGUGGAGGAACUGCUGCUGGCGCUCCUCCGGCUAGUUUAGCAGAUGCAUUAUCUGUUGCUUUGAAUAAGCGUAAGGGUAAAGUUGCACAUAGUGAUGAUGACGAUGACGAUGAGUGGUAG